CCAGGGUCAGCACUGGGCGAGACUCACAGAGGCAGGAGGGACCCCCAGCCGCCCGUCUACUCUUGGUGGGAGUCCAGCAGGAGACAACCCACCCCCCGGGGAGAGUGGACGCGGCUGGGCGGAUUCCCCUUUCCCCAGCUGGGCUGCUGCCCCCUGGCAAGUGGAACCGUGGGAGCUGCCCACCCCCUCCCAUCCUCAUAAAAGCGCCCCCAGGGCCCCGCCUGGGUCAGUGUCCAGGACACAGCGGUUUCAUGAUGCACAGCUCAGUGUUUUUGGCGGUUCUGGUCCUCCUGGGAACAGACCUGUGUGCGGCGCAGCCCCGCGGCAGGAUCCUGGGCGGCCGCGAAGCCGAGGCCCACGCGCGGCCCUACAUGGCGUCGGUGCAGGUGAACGGCCAGCACCUGUGCGGCGGCGUCCUGGUGGCCGAGCAGUGGGUGCUGAGCGCCGCGCACUGCCUGGACGACGCGGCCGACGGAAAGGUGCAGGUGCUCCUGGGCGCGCACUCCCUGUCGCAGCCCGAGCCCUCCAAGCGCCUGUACGACGUGCGCCGCGCGGUGCCCCACCCGGACAGCCGGCCCGACACCAUCGACCACGACCUCCUCCUGCUGCAGCUGUCUGAAAAGGCCGAGCUAGGCGUCGCCGUGCGACCCCUGCCCUGGCAGCGCGAGGACCGCGACGUAGCGCCUGGCACACUCUGCGACGUGGCCGGCUGGGGUGUGGUCAGCCACGCAGGCCGCCGGCCCGACCGCCUGCAGCACGUGCGCUUGCCGGUGCUCGACCGCGCCACCUGCAACCUGCGCGCGUACCACGACGGCGCCAUCACCCAGCGCAUGAUGUGCGCGGAGAGCCACCGCCGCGACAGCUGCAAGGUACGCGGGGCCCGGGGGAGCGUCUGCGGCAACCGCAAGAAGCCCGGUAUCUACACGCGCGUGGCGAGCUACGUGCCCUGGAUGGACGGCGUCAUGGCCGGGGACGCGGCGGCCUGAGGAUGACCGGAAGGUGGCGGUCGCGGCGGGGGGUGCAGAGCAAUAAAGCCGUUCAGUCCUGCA